GUGACUCUGUGAUCUGUCUCAAGCCCUCUGUUUUUACUUUUUACGAAGAAUACUUAAUUUUAAUUAUGAAUAAUGUUAUUUAUGAUUAGAUCACUAAUGAAAUAAUUAUUAGCGACAAUAUUCACUAAAGCUAAUGUGUGAGAUUUAGAUUAAAUAUUUUAGAAUUCGUGCAUCACGAUGGAAAACAUAUAUGAUGAUUUGGAAAAUUAUGAAGAAGCCAACAUAAUUGAAGAUCUUAAAAAUGAAAAUAGUGAAUUGAAGACGAAACUAGAACAAUAUUCCAGCACUAUAAACCAACUACAAAUUAACAUUUUUCAGGAUUUUGAAAACCUUAGUUCUGAAUAUAAAAAAUUAGAACUUAAUUAUUCAUCACUGCUGAAAACUGCAAGAGCAGAAAUAGAGAGAAAAACGAAUAUGAUAUCACAGUUAAAUUUAGAGAAAGACAUGAUGAUUAUCCAAACAUUUCAAAAUAAUGGAAGACGAUGUUUUACGAAAGUAACUUGUAAUAACAAGGCAACGUCUAAGAAUACUGAGAUUGACAGCAGGUACAGAACUGAGGACAUUCAUUGUAAAUCAGUUGGGAAACGAAAAUCAGGUCUGUGCACAAAGGAUAUAAAAGAAAAUGUAUGGGAUAGUAAACAGAAGACUUUCUCUAAAAACACCCCAAAUUUCAAGGAAUCCAUUCCUAGCCAAUUUAAAAAUAGAUGUGACGAGGAACAAGUUCACCUAUCAAAGGAGCAACGACUAAGAGACGACGAAGCCUUGGGCAAGAAAAGUAGCAAAAUUAAAAACUCUCACACUAUUGAAGGCAAACAAUUAUAUCACCAGUCCGUUUCGACGAGGAGCGACAACGAUAGAUAUAGCGAUUACCUCUAUCGACAGAGAGAGAGAGCGCGACAUAGACGGGACAGCCCUCAAAGAAUUUCGCGUCACAGAUCUAGAAGUCCACCGGCCGACAGAAUUAGCCGACAUAAAAGUCAAGACAGACGAAGACAAUACGAAUCAGAACACUCGGCCCAUCAUGAUAAAAUUCUAGCCGAUCAGACUGAACAACCUAUUCUCAAACACAAGCUCCUGCCACAUUCUGAAGAACCGAGCCAAAAAAAGAUUCGCGUCGAUUCAUAUGGAACAUAUGCUAUUUCGGAAAGAAGCUGCGGAGAUUCAGAAUUAAUAAGCUUCGGCGAAGCUUUAAUGGCGCCCGACGACCCUCUCGGAUCCUGUCAAUCGCCGGACUAUUUGCACUGUGAUGCCGAUCAUGCAUCGGUGAAAGAAAUCAUUCAUACGGCUACUACACCACAGGCCGAUCCCAGAAUAACUAGCAAGAAAUAUAUUGUUCAAACCGAAAACGGCAAAGAAGUUUUGAAGAGCCACUCGAGUAGUGAAUUUUUUUUACAAAGAGUUAACCCGUCACUUUGGGGUGUUCCGAAAGUUAUUGUUCCAGAUGCGCUACUGCAAAAACCUUCAGUUCAAUGUCUUCAAGGUAAUUUGCAAACUUUACCAGAAAGUAAUAAAAUUGGUUUGUCUAUCUCUUUAAAUCCCCCACGAGACGAUCGCAAUUCGUCAAUCGUCAAAGUAAAUUCUAACGGAUUUUUAACUAAAACCAUUUCAAUAGCAUCAGAAAGCCCCGAAGUGAAUAUCAUUAAAGCGAGCAAACCUCCACAAUACUCCACAAACAAUACUGAUUUUCCAAGUUUGUUGACAAAUGCGUGUAAGGCAAUGCAAGAGUCGGCUAACACUUCUAAGAAUAAGUUGCCAUUUAUUAAUGACACGGAGCUAAGCCAACUUGUUAGUAUAGAAACCAUCGAAGGAGACUUGCUGUUGAGUGAUGAAGGCAGCGAUAAUGCCGAUAGAACGUCCGCCGCCGAUAAGACCACUAUAAUCAAAAUUAAAAAUACCAAGACGGAUAAUAAUACAUUCACAUAUCAAAGUUCAUCUAAUUGCGGUGAAAAUAAAAUGAUAUCUGAUAUGAUAACAAAUAAAAAUGUAGAAUUCGAUAGCAAAAUUCCAGAAGAUCAAGAAAACAAUUUUCUGAAUCUCCCAGACACAGAAGUACCUUCUAAAGAUCCUGUCAAAUCUCUCCAAAAUGAAAAUAAUAGAAGUAAAAUCGAUAUCAUCUCUAAAAAUUCAGAUAUCUCGUUGGAGAGCAGUAGGGCAGAAAAAAGCCUUUCAAAUAAGCAACAAUCCAAAUUAGGCAAAAAUGCCACUUGUAAUGGUGAAUUGGACCAAGUGUCAGACAUAAAUGAAUGUUUCAAUGUAACCGUUAAAAACAACAAGAUUCCGCUCGUUUUACCCGGAAACCUUAAAAGCGAGACAGGAAGCGAAGAUAGUACUGAUACAAGCACUAAAAUUGAAAAAUCUAAAAAAUACCAAGAAGCAAAACAAAAGGAACGGAGUGACAAACAAAGUAAAGGACAUUUUAGUAACAAAAAACAUAAAAAGAAGAAAUUAGACGAAACAAAAUUGAAGGAAUCUGACAAAAUUACUCUGAAGAACACGAAGAUAGUGAUCGACACGGUCGCACCGGACAGUCAUAGGAAGUUUUGCGACUUAUUUGGAGAAAGUAGUAAUAGUCUGAUAAUGCCAGAGGAUUUAGGUAUUCGAAGCGAAGAAGCCACCGAGAGCCUGAAGAUUAAAUUUGCAUCUAAUUGCACCGAUACGCAAAAUGCUGUCGAUCGUGUUGAAAUUGAUCCAAAUCCAGGUCCCAGUCUAAUUAAAAAAAGCACUGUGGACACGCGAGUCGACGUCUGCAUGACCGCUGGUGAACAAUUAACAAAUGGAAUCGGCUCGCCGCAACUCACUACUCUAAGAUCGGAAAAUGUUAAUUUGUUUGAAAACAUAAAACCUGCCAUAUCCACGGACAGUCCAGACGUCGUCACAAUCUCGACAGGAGUUCAAUCUAAGCUUCUCGAGGGCGAUAUCGUCGAAGACAUCCCGAAAAAUAUCUCGAUCGAAACCGCGCGUCCUCUCACGGCACUGGCGACAUCGACCCCCCUCAAAGAUCAAAAGUGCGUUCCGGCGAGUCAACCCGUCAAAGAUACAGUUCGGGAUGUGGUCGGAGACGUCCCGGACGUGAGGAUUUUCGUCAAACGGCGAAGGAAAAUAAAGAAACUUUAGCUGAGUCGUCGUCUCGCCCGUUCGGAUCGGUGACGUGAAAAUAUGUAACGACGACUUCGACUCUGUUCCAAAAGGAAUAUUUUCUUGACCGAUCGUGUGAUAUAAGGCCAAGUCUACUAAUCGUCACAACGAUGUGUCGAUUCUGCUAUCGAAUGCCAUCGCGCACACUUUUAUUAUUAUUAUAUCGGUUAAAACUACA